GCGGGUCCUCUGCUCGGAGCCGAGGUGCGGCGAGCCGGUGGGGGGACCGCAGGGCUAGCGCGGGAGCCUGGGCGGCGGAGCAGGGUGUGAGCUGCCCGAAAAUGCACUCGGAUGCUGCCGCUGUCAACUUUCAGCUGAACUCUCAUCUCUCAACACUGGCAAAUAUUCAUAAGAUCUAUCACACCCUUAAUAAGCUAAAUCUAACAGAAGACAUUGGCCAAGACGAUCACCAAACAGGAAGCGUGCGGUCUUGCACCUCUUCAGACCGCUUUAGUAAAGUGAUGCCGCCGCGGAAAAAGAGAAGACCUGCCUCUGGAGAUGAUUUAUCUGCCAAGAAAAGUAGACAUGAUAGUAUGUAUAGAAAAUAUGAUUCAACGAGGAUUAAGACAGAAGAAGAAGCCUUUUCCAGUAAGAGGUGCUUGGAGUGGUUCUAUGAAUAUGCAGGUACUGAUGAUGUUGUAGGUCCAGAAGGCAUGGAGAAAUUUUGUGAAGACAUUGGUGUGGAACCAGAAAAUGUAGUUAUGCUUGUUCUUGCUUGGAAAUUGGAUGCACAGAACAUGGGUUAUUUUACUCUACAGGAAUGGUUGAAAGGAAUGACUUCUCUACAAUGUGACACAACAGAAAAACUCAGAAAUACUUUGGAAUACUUAAGAUCAUUAUUAAAUGAGUCUACAAACUUUAAACUUAUUUACAGAUAUGCAUUUGACUUUGCACGGGAAAAGGACCAGCGCAGCCUAGACAUAAACACUGCCAAGUGCAUGUUGGGACUGUUACUAGGAAAAAUCUGGCCCCUUUUUCCAGUUUUUCACCAAUUCUUAGAGCAAUCAAAAUAUAAAGUUAUUAACAAAGACCAGUGGUGCAAUGUGCUAGAAUUUAGCAGAACAAUUAACCUUGACCUCAGCAACUACGACGAAGACGGAGCGUGGCCAGUUUUGUUGGACGAGUUCGUGGAGUGGUAUAAAGACAAGCAGAUGUCCUAGGACUUGAUGCAUCACAGCGAGAGAGUUCCUGUUACCACAGUUUUGUCCACCAUUAGCCAUAAAUUGCUGUUUGUAUCAAAGCGCAUGCUGCUUUUCUUGCACUGUCUCCCUUCUGCAGGGACGUGUUGGUGUUUGCUAUUGAAUGGGCCAGCUCUGCCUGCCGUGUAGCAUUGUUCUCUUGGAAGGCUGCUUUGCAGUUGUCUUUCCACUACAGAUUGGUGAAUUUGCCAACGUCCUCACUGUGAUUAUGUGUAUAUUGCUGUUUAAAUUUUGUAUAUGUGUAUAAAAAAACAAAAGCUUCACCUAGAGAUUAUUUCUGCAAAAAUGUAUUGUAAAAAUAAUUUUGUGGCAUAUUUCUAGUCCCUCUUUUUUUUUUUUUUUCAAAUGAACCAGUUCUACUUUAUUUGGUCUCAACUGUAGCAUUUCAGGAACCCAGACAGGAAUGACGGAUACUGUGAGCAAACGUUGCCAGAAUUCACUGUAUUUAAGAGGCCAACUUUGGGAAGGAGGUGGGAGUUAGAACUUUUCAGAGGCACAUGCCAAAUAGAAUCUGGUUUACUUAGACGGUAGCAUUUUAAAAAUGAAAGUUAUAAUUAUUUGAACAUAUAAACACAUACCAUGCCACAAAUCCAUCUCCAACAUGCGAGGUGUAGGGUUUUUUUUUCUAAUGUUCAAGCUGUAGUAAUUUGAGUAUAGGUACAAAUAAAUUAAAAUAGCACUUUUUUU